AUGAACGACGCCGUGGAGGACCUGCAGGCCGACCUGAGGGCGCUCCCGUCCAGGCUGCUGCUUGCCGAGGCAACGACGACGGCGGAGCCCGCGGCGCCGAUGGUGGGCGCGGCGCAGCUGUUCACGAUCACCUCGCUGCUGAUAGAGGUGUCCCUGAGGAUCGAGGGCGUCGUGGACGCCGUCGACACGCUGGCGAACCUCGCCAACUUCGAGUCAGCAGGCGACGAAAACGAAAAGCCCGCGAAAAACGUGAUCAAAGAGUCGGAAGGGAAUGGGACGAUGAAGACGCUUGAGCAGGCCUAA